GAAAGUGUAGUUGACAGAGUCAGAGUCAGAGUGGAGUGGCAGUAGCUCUAGUGGCAGUGACACUAGCAGCCGAGUGGCACUGAGCCAAGACGGACCAGGUACACGGUCAGCUGUAUCAGCAGCACUGACUGUCUGUGAAUGUCUACAACGGGCUGGGACUUAUAAUUCUUCUGGUUUCUGAUUUAGACACAAAAGAAGAAUGUUUUGCAUUUGCUUAUGAAGAGACUGAAAUUCAGCCUUUUCUUAACUCGUUACACUGUCUAUUGAAAACUCAUAGUUCUGAUUGAAGAAGAAAGUACAGUAGUAUUGAAGUUAUACACGAAAAUGGUAUUUUUUGUUUUAAAUGGAUCAAAGAUGUCCAUAAAGCAAAAUUUUGAUAAAAUCGAAGAGAUGGAAUAUAUGUGUUCACAUUUUGUAGCUUGUUGUCGAAGUUAAAAGAUACCAAUAUGAAGUCAUUCCUUGUUUUGCUAGUGAGUUUUGUUGUAAGCCUAGUGACUGGACUGAAGUGCAAACCCACUCUUGAGUUAAGUAUCAAGUGGAAUGUUGACUGCAGUGCUUUGAACUUGUCUUCAGCACCUCUCCCAGAGUUGUUUCACCCAGUAGUGGUCCUCAAUCUGAGUCAUAACUUGUUUACUCAUUUGGAAAAUUCUCAUUUUUCCAAUUGGACAGAAAUUAUUAUUUUGGACCUCUCUUUCAAUAAUAUUCAAAACAUUGAUGAACAUUCAUUUUCUGGGCUUACUAAUUUAAAUGAAUUGAAUCUGAAACACAAUAAAAUUGAAGUUCUGUCAACAAAUAUAACAAAUCAUUUGCCUAAACUUAAGAUUUUGAAUCUUUCUUCUAACAAAUUAAAAAUAAUUAAAGAUGGAGUUUUUCAGUCUGUUCCUCAACUACUAAAUUUAUUUUUAGAAAAUAACAUAGAUUUGGGGAAAACUGAAGAAAAUUAUAUUAAUUUGAAUAAAUCUUUAAAACAAGGACUUUAUACUUUGAAUAUAUCAAACAUUUCUUUAGCAGAGCUUCCUAAAAGUUUUUUCAACUGUACUAAUUACUUGAUUUCACUCAGUAUAGCCCAUAAUCCUCUGAAGAAUAUUGAAGAACUGCCAUCAAGUUUAAGGUAUUUGAACAUUUCAGGAACUUUGAUUGAAUCACUACCCUCAGGAAUAUUUUUUAAGUCUGAUACAUUACAAAAACUGUCACUUGAGCAGAUGCCCCUGCUUAGACAAAUUAAAGCAAAUGCUUUUCUUGGACUGUACCGUCUUGAAGAGCUGAAUAUAAAAGACUGCCCUAAACUGAAUUUUAUUUCCGAGAAUGCAUUUGGAAGUUCUAUUCCUAAACUUCAGAGAGUUACCCUAGCUAAUACUGCUCUCACCACUCUACCAAAGACUUUUGAACCCUUGUUCAACAAAGUGAACCAUCUCGACUUGCAGGGAAAUCCUUGGAUUUGUGAUGGCCAGAUCUCAUGGAUUAGCCAUAUAAACAUCUCUUCAAAUCUCUUAGACAACUUAAGGUGUGAAGACCCUCCCACAGCUCGGGGUAUAACUGUAGUCCACUACUUCCAGCCUAGGAGUCUCCACCCACAUUCCUCUCUCCUGCGAGCAGCUGUUGUCCUAGCAUUAGUGGCAGUCCUUGUAGGUGGUGUUGUUGGCAUAAUCCGACGUUCGGCCAAACAGAAGACUAAAGCUUAUUGUCACUUAGAGAAUAUAGGACUGCAAGACACAAGUAACAAAAUACCACCAUUAUCUGAAAUAUGAAAUAGGAAAAUGAGUGUUCACAUAUUAUUACAAAACAAGGGAUUUUAGUACUAUAUCUACAACAGUCAUAAUUAAAUAAAUUAUUUUACUUCCUA